CUGCUUACGUAGGUGUAGAAAUUAUGGAGGAGGUGUUUCUGUCCGAGGGGAAGUGAGGGGGUUUGCCAUAGAGCUGUAGCUUGCGGAGAGAUGAGAACUGUAGUGGAGCCUGGUGUGAAGUUGUUGGACAAAAAGCGAUUUUUAUCUUCUCCUGGGUCUAUGUAAAAAGAAAGAAAAAGAAAGGGGUGUCAUCUGCUCGCUGAGUCAAAGGAGGCCUUGGGUAUGAGGGGACCUUUAAGAUCGUACUGUACCUACCCCUGUCUGCUGUGUUGUUUUUGUGUCAGCAGGUGUCUGUGUUAUAUUUGGGGUAAGGAGAGGGAAGACUGUUUUUCAUAGUGGGGAAAAGGGACGAGGAAGGGAGGGAAGUAUAUUUUUAUGGGUGUGGAGAGGUCUAGCUUGGGGUAAGGAAGAGAAUAGUGAGCCGUGGAGGUGGCAGUUGGGUAGGAGAAGGGAGCGAGCUGUGGGAGGAAAGGUGGGGAGAAAGAAGGACUUGCUGCUGAGGUGGGGUGGGGGACUGUGCAGUUUUGGCUCCUUGCUACAAGAAUGACACUGAGGCCUAGGAGCACGUUCAGAGUAGGGCAGCAAAGCUGUGAAGGGUCUGGAGUACAGAUCUUAAGGGGAGUGGCUGUGGGAACUGGGGUUGUUCAGUCUGGAGAAGAGAAGGCUCAGGGGAGAGCUUAUUUCUCUCUACAACUGCCUGAAAGGAUGGAGCAAGAUUGGGAUUAGCCUCUCUUCCCAACUAACAGCAAUGGGGCUACAGUUAAUGGCUUUGAGUUGUGCCAGGAAAGGGUCAGGCUGGAUAUUUAGAGAAAUUUCUUCGCAGACGUUGUGGUAAUGCAUUGGCACAGGCUUCCCAGAAAUCACUGUCUCAGAAGACAUUCAAGAACCAUGGAGAUGUGGCACUGAGGGAUGUGAUUUAAUGGAUAUCUUAGUGUUCUUUCCUAGCCUUAAUGAUUUUGUGACCCUGGGAGGAAAAAGAAGCAGGACUUGAGAAGCAGAGUUCUAUCUGUGUUUUGAAAUGGAGGGGUCAGGGUCAAAGGGGAAGCUGACGAGUGUUAAUAUGGGUAGUGCAGAUGCUGCUGUGGGAAGUGAGGCAGCUUGUAUUUAAUUAGAUGUAGGAGGAUUUGGUGGAGUUUUGAUCUUGAAGAGGGCUGCUUUAUAUUAGGCAUGCAAUCUGAUUUUGAAUGGUGCUGUGUGGAGCCAGGAGUUUGACUUGGUGAUCUUUAAGGGUCCCUUCCAACUCAGGUUAUUUUAUGGAGUAGCCUCUCAGCCUUCAGCCAUCCUUUAGUAAGGAUCUGUCGGUCUUUUGGAGCUAGGGAAGAUGAAUCUCACAGUACAGAGUUACUGUGAAUCUUUACCUGUUGUAUUUCUGGGUGGGUCACCUCAGAGUACAUUGUGUCUUGUAGCAUUGUUAGGGGAAUGGCAAAGUUACAAACUUGGUGGGGGCAGCACGUUAAACAUUUAGUUAAAAAGGACUCACUACUUGACAGUCCUUAUAAAUGUUCUUAAAAUAAAAGUAGCUGGGCUGACAAAACUGUUAAAAUUUGUCAUUGUGUGAGAUGGUACCGUUUGGAAGUAAACGAUGAAAGGUAGAAGAGCUCCAUAAGAUCGUUAUGAAGGAGGACCAAAAGUAAACAUCAAUACAUUAGAGAUGUGUGGAGAAGGGUUUUGCAGUUAAUUAGCAAGAUGAGAGGAACCUGUGACUGAGUUCUGGAGGCUCUGAGGUAGGCACAUUGUGAAGGGAUGAUUUGCUUGUGAGCUGACAGCAUCUUCUCAGGGCGUAUGCAGCAUCUCCUCACACCUGUGGCAAUUAGUAAUGCUUACAUUUCAUUAAGUGAGCUCACAGCACUUGGCAAGAGAAGGUGAGUCACCUUCCUUUUAUAGAAUCAGCAACCACUCGUGUAUUAACUAAAGAAUUUGGGCAGUGUUGUGGUGACAGUGUUGGAAAUAAUCCCCAUCUCAUUGCUGCUGAUCCUAGUUCUUGUUGUGUGUGGUAGUGCACUCUGUGAAGGGCUGCUGUGUCAGAGAUGGAGUAGAAUGUGAGUAAUGUGCUGAUGGGAGAAACUGCCUGGGUUAUCUGCUGGGUGGACGAAAGUGUAGGCAAACUUCUGUUUGUUCAUAAGGCAUGAAAGAAUUCAUUGUGAAUUCAUUUUAGUUGGCUCCUCCUCUUCCACUGCAUAGAAAUGGAGCUUUCUAAGGAGUGUAACUCUUGUAAAUACAAUCAAGAGUUGGUUUAUGAGAUGGCCAAAUAGAAAUAUCCUUAAUAUUAGCUCAAGGAGGUCACAGUUAUGAAAAUACUAGGAUGACAGUAUAUCUAGCAGCUCAGGAGCUAUAAUUGCAGGUUAGUACCAUCAGAGAUGUGUAAGAUACAAUAUACGAAUGUCAGAGGAAAAGCAAAUAUAUAAUGCUUUUUUUCCAGCUGACUUCAGAUGGUUGUGCACAUCUUUGUUUUUGUUUGAUGCUGUUUAAAUUUGUCAGGUGUUUUAAUUAAACUCCAUGAAGUCUUGUGUUAAAUUAAUAGCUCGCUGUUGAAUGCUUUUAAACAGCAGCAGUGUUGUGUACCGUGAUAUCUGUUUUGCUUGUUGAAUGAAAUAAUCCUUGGUUUUCCUCAUGUGGGUUUUCAUUUAUCCUAUGAUUAAAUUUCUUCUUCUCUGAAGGGAGGGAGGGGAUUAAGUUGUGCAGAGCCACUGCUAGUUAAAGCAUGAUUAUGUUGGGGAAAAAUGUACUGAAACAAUAGAUUUAAUUAGCAAAUAGACUUUUGUGUGGAAAUUCUGGCCUCGGGCACAAAAAGAAGCUGACUGUCAGCAAAGCCUCUGAGCUCUCAGAUCCAGGGGUAAGCACACCUUCUUUGUUGGAUACACGUAGCUUUAUUUCACCUGCUCUCUUGGGCUUUGAAGAGGAAAAGAAAACAUUUUAUGUACAGAUGGACAGAUUUGUAAACAUAGCAGUACCCAAAAAACUGUCUGAGGUUUCUGCAGCUACAGAUAAAGUUUCUUUUUCUGGCUUUGAAGGUGUUGCUGCUGUGGAAGAGGAUCUGAACAGCGAGCUGAUGAACGAAGACAUCCGUAUCCACAGCUGGCCUUGUUCUUACUACUUGGACACCAACAAGCAAUGGGUCUCUGGCAGACUCUCAUUGACCCCUGUUGCCAUCAAAUUUACAGCUGACAAGACUGGGGAGGUUUUGGUCAACUUCCAUCUUUCUAGUAUCAGUGAGAUCAAGAAGGAAUCAUCAAAUUUAAUUUUCAGCUCUCUUACCAUUUUGGAGAAGAACACCAAGCACUGGUUCAGUUCUUUGCAGCCCAGCAGAAAUGCUGUGUUCAACAUCCUUGAGCACUUUUGGAGGGAGCGGUUGCUGUCAAGUGAAGGCACAGGAGCAGAAGCAGCAGCCUUGCAGACAACAAAAGGAAAAGAACUGACUGGGUUAUUGACUGGGUCGCAGAAAAGGCUGGAGGAUACAGCGAAAGUGCUGCAUUACCAGGGCGAGCAGUUUGAUAACAUCAUGAGAGGACUCAACAAGAUCGAAGGGGAUAUGGAUGUAGCAGACAGGUUGUUGACAGAACUCGAAUCUCCUUCUUGGUGGCCAUUUAGCAGCAAGCUCUGGAAAGCACCAUUGGAAACGAAGCCAAAGGAAACUGCCACAGUUUCCGAUUUGAAGAACCAGGAAGGAAUCAUAAUUAGAAUUCCAGUUAUUAUCACCCACAGAACAGACUCAAAUGUGAAGCCAGGAAAACUCACGCUCUUCGCUUCUGGCCUGGAAAUCAGUGACUGCAAUUCUCAGGUCAUUCACCGGUUUGAAUCAAAGGAUGUGGAUGAUAUCAAAGUUCACACGCCGUAUGAAAUCAGUGUCCGUCAGAGGUUUAUUGGGAAGCCUGACACCUCUUACCGACUCUUGUCAGCAAAGAUGCCAGAAGCAAUCUCUGUCUUAGAGAUGCAGUUUAGCAAGAAGAUACAGUUUUUAGAAGAUGCUCUAGGAUUUGUUGGUGCCAGGAAGUCUCCUCAGGUAGAUUUUGGCACCUCCAUUUGGCAAGCAGCCACAGGACUCUUGGGAGGAGUGGUGCAGCCCAGCUCUCCAGUGGGAGGCAGAGAGGGAACCGACAGUGACCAGGUUCAACUGCAGAAGCAUGAGAAGAUCUCUCAGGAGGAGGCAAAAGAGCUUAAACAGAUACUGAAGAAGUUGAAGAGCCUUGCCUUGGAGACAGAAGCAGAACUGGAGAGACAGGAUGAAGCUCUGGAUUCCAUCACUACCUCCGUUGACCGUGCAACGCUGAAUAUCGACAAGCAGAACCGCAGAAUAAAGAAACUGACGUAGCACCCAAAGGAACCAAUGGGGGUGGCAUCACGAGGAAGAGGGGAUCAGGGAAUAGUAUUUUUAAAGACUGUUUCUGCAUAGACACUUUGUGUGGGAGCUGCUUGCGAUGUUGUCUGGAGUGCGGUGCGGUUGAUGUCAAGUUUCUGAGAGUUCUGAAUGCGUCUCCAGACUUGGAUGGUGAUGGUUGGCUGUUUUAGGAUGAAAAAGCCCAAAUCUUUUAAUCACGGGUGAAACAGUGAUAGUGGAUUCUUGACUACAGAAGAUCUGUAAAUACAAAGGGAUGUGAUUUCAUCUGAAUGAACUUUUAUGCUGCUUUUUAUGUUGUUGCUUUUGAAAGGUUUGUUGUUUUUUGUUUUUUUUUUACUGCAACAAAGGAGGGAGAAAUGAACUGCACGUGAGACUACUUUAGAUGAUUACAACCUAUUAAUUCUCUAUUUCUUGCAAAUAGUUAAUAGCUGAACUGAGGGCCAGAUGUCCAACCGCAAGUCAUUGAGGCUUUUUUUUUGUGUGUGUGAGUUAAUGCUGAGGUGAGCAAACGAUGGUGAUAAAACCUUGUGUUCACUGAACGAGUAGUUUUAAUAAAUUUCAAACGUAUUUUUAAUGUGCUCAGAAAUUUUAUAAGAAUAAUUAAGGAUUAGUGGCCACAGCUGUUGUGCCAUGUCCAGGGAAAUCAAGGGAAGAAUUUUAGUUAAUACGCAUGCAUUGGUACAGACAUUGACUUACUGAAGCAUUUCUUUCCCAUUGGAUGAAUAUUUUACUUACUUACAAGCAGUAAGUGUCAAAGUUAAAUAUAUGCUGCUUCUUUCCAAAGAGGGAUCGCUGAUCUUGAUGAACACCUACACCUUUUGCUUUAUUUUUCACCUUUGUACCUCCGAAUUAAUGAAGGAAUUGAUUCUGGAAUGAAGGAAGGUAUUUUUUCAUGGAUGGAUUUAUUCAGUGCAUCUCUUGUAGUUCGCUGUGUGUAUUGUUCUCUUGCACAUAGUGGUUUUGUAUUUUUGAUAGUGGUCUGAUGGAUUCAAUGUCCUCAGAACAUUGUGAACAUAGCAUUCACUUAGUGUGGUGCCUGCUUACUUUGUUGGGCUUGGGCUGCCAUAUCUGAUGGAGGCUAGUGGAAGGCAUUUGUACCUUUGCAUCUCUGCCUUCAGUUUCCAGGAAUCUCCCAUGCACUUUUCUCUGACUCUGAAUGGAAACUUCAUGUAUCCUGGGGAGCAUCGUCUGGUUUUUGUGCAUCUGCUCCACAUUCAUAGGUUGAGAGGCCAAUGGCUGGAACCACAGGCACCUGCAUAUCAUUUUGCUGUUAUGCAUCUGUCUGCCUUCUGAUUAUUAUUUAUUUGCACUAACUGGUGAUGAAACAUUUCAAGACUUCUUUUACUUCUGCAUUUCUAAAAUAAAAGGGAAUAUUGCCAAUUGUUGUCUAGGAGAUUUUGUUUACAGUCAGCUCCACUGAGUCUGCAGGACAGUGGAGAUGUUUUCCUAACUUACUGGAUACUGUGUUGGAGGGAUUCUAGGUAAUGCAGCCUAUGACAGAGUAUUUGAAAGGCAGGAUUGCUUUUUUUGCCCAUUUCAUUGAAUCCUGCUGUUGGCAAGCUAUUUUCAUUCAAAAUAGCCUGUUGUAAUCUCUUCUUUUUCUCCCCCGAGUGUUUUUGUAUUAAAAAUAUCUUCUUGUAUUGCUCUCAAAUACAACCUGCAAUAUUUUUAAGUAGUGAAGCUUUGAACUGUUUAUUCUACUGAUAGCUGAUGUGAAAAUUUCCUGUUUCAGAGUAACUCAGCCUACUUUAUAAAGAAAUGCACAGUAGAUCACGUAGAGUAUGUUGUUUUCAAGAUCUUACUCUACCUUGUUUUGUAUUGCUUCAUAUUAGCUUAUUAGUAUUGGAGGAAGUCGUGCUUCUGCACUGCAAGUCCUUCAUUUACAGUCAAAGUUGUUACUGGCAUGCACUUUACCUAUUUGCUGAAUAUGGUGAUUAUAUGUACAUACACUGUGUAGUGUGAAAUAAAACAUUGUCUGGGAUUCUCUUUCUUGUUUGUUUCUGAUACCUAACUCACUGUUGUUUUACUGUGAAAGUAUGUUUACAUAACUAUGUCAUGAAUUUAAAAAUACACUUUGCACAAAAUGUACGUUAACUGACCCUGGUGCUGACUGGGAAUGGAUCUGUACACUGAAUUAGUUUAGAUCAAGACUGCCAAAAGCAAAUGCCAAUUACACAACAUUUAGCUUAGCAUUCUUCGUGCCAUAUUUUUACUGAUGUAAUUUUUAUCAUGAGCUGUUGCAUCUGACACCAUAUCUGUGAUUUGUGUUAGUCUGUGUCCAUGCUAAAACAAAAUUGUAAUAUGAUUUGUAAGUAGUGACCCAUUCUAGAAAUGUACGUUUACCUCCUAGAAGAGUUUCAAAUGCCUGGAGGAGUUUCACUCUGUAAUUUAUUAAAUAUAUUGAACUGGUA